UGUACAGCAGAUGAACUAGCCUUAUAUAGCAUCAUCAAAUCGCUAAGAUAUUCUAGGAAUGAAAUGGAGCCAGAUUCUCACAUGUAUGAUCAUGACUUGCAGAGGAUGUCCACAAAGAGGUUGAUGGGCAAAGUUGCAGUUAUAACUGGCGGUGCAAGAGGAAUUGGAGCUGCCACAGCAAAAUUGUUUGCACAAAGUGGUGCCUAUGUUAUAAUUGCUGACAUACUCGACGAGCUUGGGGCAAAACUAGCCAAUUUAAUAGGAGGCCGAUACAUACACUGCAACGUGGCUAAGGAAGCCGACGUGGAAUCAGCAAUCCAACUGGCACUGACUUGGAAAGGCCGACUAGAUAUCAUGUUCAACAAUGCCGGGAUUGCAGGCCCGGGUGGAAGCAUUACCAAUCUUGACAUGGACCAGGUCAAAAGUCUGCUCUCAGUUAAUCUGCAUGGAGUCUUACACGGGAUGAAACAUGCUGCACAAGCAAUGAUCAAAUGCCAAAAUGGUGGGAGCAUCAUAUGCACAUCGAGCUCGGCAGCCAUCAUGGGAGGAUUAGCUGGACACGCCUAUACAUUGUCAAAGGAGGCGAUCAUUGGAUUGAUGAGAAGUGCUGCAUGUGAGUUGGGGGCGCAUGGAAUUCGAGUGAACUGCAUUUCCCCACAUGGGGUUCCUUCAGAGAUGCUUGUCAGUAGCUUUAGAGAGUUUCUUGGGGAUGUGAGGCCUGAGGAAGUUAGUAGGAUUGUGAGUGAGACGGGGAGUUUAUUGCGGGGGAGAGGUGCAAGUACAGAAGACGUGGCUCGAGCUGCACUUUUCCUGGCUAGUGGGGAUGCUGGAUUCAUCACAGCACAUAAUCUUGUUCUUGAUGGGGGAUAUACUUCUGCUAGCAGUAACAUGAGUUUCAUAUACAAAUACGAAGAAAAAGAGAGACGCAAAUAGAUUAACUCAAUAAAGGCACGAUUUUUAUCUUCUACUCUGUCCAGAAUGUUACUGGUGGUAAAUAAGUGGCAUUGAUGACAUAUUGACAUCCAUCGUUUAUGCUAUUCAUAUAUAUCCGAUGAGGUUUCCAUAUCGGUUUUUGUUUUUUUUUUGUUUUUUAAUACCUUAGCAACAGGACAGGAAGUGAUGGGUGUGUUAAUCACUCACAUAGAUGCCCAAUCUAUAAGACAUGGUAAGCUAGCAGUGUGCUUUCCCAGAAGGAUAGGGUUUUGUUCCAGUUUCUGAGGAGUUCCUAU